AAAGAGAAUGGUCGCUUGUUUGCAGAUUGACUGUUCCAGGAUCAGUGCGAAACAGCUAAAAAGCGCCUAGUAAGAGCGCCAGUAAAACCAGGAUUAAAUCUUCUUAACGAAGAUUCAAACUGAAAGUGAAAAAUGUGAAGAAGAAGAAAUCUUGAGCGAAGGCAAGCAGACGCAGACAGGGAGAAGCCAGCGGGAGAAAAGGGAAUGGAGAUCAACCCGUGCAAGGAGGGCGAGGCCCUGCAGGAGGUGCAGAUGGUGGAGGUGGCCCUGGAAGCACCCCUUGUGGAGAUAGUGGAGGUUCUCCACAAGGCACAGACUGAGGGUCUCAGCGAGGCCACAGUGGUCACACUGGGCCAGGCCACAGUAGAGGGUCUGGGCAAGGCGCUGGUCGCCGGGGUGACCCAGGCGCCAGUUGAAGUGGUGACCGAGAUGGGCGAGGGGCAGGAGAGCGAGCAGCCAACCGAGGUGCCAGUGGAGCAGGGAUCUGUCCCCGGGAUCCCCUUUGCGCAGGUGGCCUCACUCCUCGACCCCAACAUGAAAAGCUCCAAGGCGCUCAAGUACCAGAUCCAUUACGACGAAGUAAAGAGGAGGCUGGAGUCGCCGGAGAAGAUGUCCCUCCGCUCAUUGGCGGCCUACACGCGUGUGAGCCGCGGACCAGCCAGUCGUAAAGCCCUGCUCGAGAUGCUCAACUCCUUCGGCCUGUCGCCCAGCACCACCACGGCCGUGUCCAGCUCUUUCUCCAAGCUGACUGAAGGUGACACCGCUGCCCUCUGCAAGGACAUGAGGGAGUUUGCUUCGCAGUACAUGGAUUACGACAACGUGGCGAAACAGCUCGUUCCGGAAACCAACCAAGUGCAACACUGGUCCAAGAUCAUCGAGACGAGGAACCAUCUAGAAGAAAUGAGGAAGUGCUUCCACGACCCAGAAAACAGCAGGACUUUCAAUAACGCCACGCACGGUUUCGGAGCCGGCAUGAUAGACGUGGCUUUUGACAUGAUCAACCGCGUCAUAGAGAAGCAGAUCCGGAUCCUCUCGGGGGAGGCGGAACCCAAGGAGGCGCAGAGGGAGAACCGGGUCAGGAAGCGCAGGGCCAGGGCCAAGACUGAAGGCAAGAGCAAGGUGAAGAACACGAAGGCCAGGAAGGAUGAGGCGGAGACCGAGAAAAAGACAAGGGCCAAGGUGGCCGAUAGGAAGCGGGCCAAAGCCGACCCGCCUCAGUCUGAAGCGCAGCCAGAGAUCGAGAGCAGUGUCUUAACACUUGUUUCUGUCGGGUAUGAGACCAUCUCCAGUGGCCUGGAGCCAACCAGUACUGGUGUGGCAUAGCAGAUCUGCACUGUGGGACGAACACACACACGGGACUUUAUGCUGUACCAUGCAGUACCAUCGCUGACUUACUCCCUUAGUUUUACUUUUCUGCCCAUAGGCUUUGAAUAGCAACAGGGUAUCUCAGUUCUGCAUUCUUCACAGAUUGUGUCCCUCAGUAGAUGAUGACUUUGGCUCAGUUCUGAACCACCCAUAAUUGCUUGGCUAAUGACGUACCCUCGGUCAAAGUACUUACCCAGAAAAAAAUACCCAGCUGUAUGGAUAUAAUUUGAAUGUAAGCAUCAGCUAAGCAAGAAAUAAUUGAUCAUUAAAAUUUGCUUUACAUGGUUUUUAAACUCCAACUGAAUUAAUUUUAUUUUAGAUUUUCAAAUGCUUUUUCUGGGAGGCUGAGAAUUUUGAAUUGUCAUGUUUCUAAUUAAGAUUUAUUUUUUGUAAUUAGUAAUAACAAAGUGUACAGUAAUUCACUUUUAUCAGGUUUUUAAGCCUCUGGUAAGAUUGGUGGGGGGGUUUAACAUUCUUGACUUUAACCAGUCUAACGUAAAUUGAAACGCUUCACACCACAGAUGAGUUUGCACCCAUUUUACCCUGAAAUACUGUAUUUAGUGUCAAAGCUAUGGGAGGCAGCUUGCUGAAGAUGCCAGGAAAAGAAUGAACUGGUAGUAAAAAAUGUGCAUUUCCAGUGGGAGGG